GCGGCCACUCUUGGUCUUGGAGAAACCCUUUUUUUUUUUCGGUACUUUUCAGUCUUGUUCGUUUGGGUUAAUUCUCAUUUCCCGCAACUUUGCUCCUCGGCAAUCAUUUUGCCGCGCAUUUUCGUCCUUUUGAGAUUUUCUUCUUCUUUUCUUUGGCAAACCGUCCAAAUCAGAUUCAGAGAAAGUCCUGAUUCAUCAUCUGAGGGUUUCUCUUUCGAACCCCAACAAUCACUCUCUUCUCAAGUCCAGUUUCCUUCUUUGUAGAACCCUAAACUCAGUAAUUAGUGUUAUUGAAUCUGCGUGUGUGUGGAUUCUGAUAUUUUCUAUCGUGUAAGAGACAUGGAAGAUAAUAGUGGGGGAGGAAAAUUGAAGUCUCGAAGAACCAGCGAGGAUGUGGACUUUAUUAGUGAUCUACCGGAUUCCAUUUUGUGCCACAUUCUCUCCUUUCUUCCUACCAAAGAUUCUAUGAGGACGGGAUUUUUAAGCAAGAGAUGGGAAUCUUUAUGGACUUCUGUUCCAAUUAUUGACUUAAACGAGAGGGUAUUUAUCCGAUGUCUUGAGUUGAAGCAUAAUAAUUUAUAUGGGAUUAGUUAUCAGGAUCGGAAGAACUUUGCUGAUUUUGUUGAAAGGUUUAUUGAUUUUCAUGGAGGCUUGAAUGUACCAGAGCUUCGGCUAUUGUUCGAUAUUGGAAGAUAUCUGAAGUUUUGUUCUCGUGCUGAAAGGUGGGUUCGUACUGUGAUGACGAGUGAUGCUACGACAAUUGAUAUAGAUUUCUCUGGAAAAAGCUUGGAUCGUUCAGACAUGGAUAAGAAUAUGUACACUUUGCCUCCAUGUGGUUUCCCAUCCAGAUCAUUGAGGGUUUUAAGAUUAAGAUUUUGUGAGUUUAGACCCUUGCAGAACACUAGCUUUGUGUCUCUACAAACCUUAACUUUGGCAGCAGUAAAGGUAUCUGAUUCCUCAGUUAAUGCUCUGAUAUGUGAUUCUCCAUGCCUAGAAAACUUGCAUCUACAAAGCUGCAAUGUUCCCAAUUCUUUUCUCAUUGAAGCUCCUGCGUCACAUCUCAAGUGCAUAGUGAUUUAUAACUGUGUUACUCCAGGACAUAAAUUCAUUGAACAUUUAUCUUUAAAUAUUCCAAGCCUUCAGAGCCUUAAGUUUAAGGGGAUUAUAAAUGACUUCUCUGUGAAGAACUUGAGGAAUCUGAUUGAUGCUGAAAUUGAUGAGCAAAAUGAGUACAAUGGGCUUCAAAAGCAUGAAUACCGCAUGGUAUUUAAGCUACUCAAUGGUAUUGGUCAUGUCCAGUUUCUUUCACUAUCUAACUGGUUUCUCGAGAUCAGAUUUUAUUGUGAGGAAAUGAAUGUACAAAAAAUAAAACAAAACAAAACGCAAGAAGAGAGCCCCCAUCUUCGGCAUUGCCAUUAGCUGCGGCUCACAACCACAAUCUCACAAAUCUAAAACAAAGUCUUGAAGAAGCAUCUAUCUGCAGUUCCUCCAUUAUGUGAUCAGGAAGAACCAUCGUCUCCCCUGAAGAACAUGUUUUCACUGCAUCCUUAGCCAGAAAAUAGCUAUGGGGUUAGCGUCCCUGCAACAAUGGGAAAUUUUCCACUCAAUUGAAUUCAGAUAUGAGUGCAAGUUUUCCCACUCCUGUGCAACAAACAAUGGUAUGCGUCUGUGCUGAAAAAUAUCCCCGCAGCUGAAGAGUCAGAUUCCAAAAAGUUAGAGAUUCUCUAAAUUUCUGCCAAUUCCAGAUAUAUCUUAAAGUUUAAAAUCAUUCUGCUGUUAUGAUCCUGCAGGAUUCCUCCUCUUGCUCGCCUGGAUUUCCUAGGAAGCAGCUGUCAACGUUCAAUUUCAUCCAUGAUUGCUGGGGACAGCACCACAUGACUUCUAUAAUCCUUUCAGCUGGAGCAGGCGCUGAGUUCAGAGUCCAGCCUUUUGGCAAUGAUUAAGUCAUCUGCAGAUUUGGUUCUUCUAACCUUCAUACUUGAGCACACCAGGGUUCUUGAUGUUGAUGAUGCACAACUUGACAAUGAGCUGCUGCGGCUGCGGAUCAAACAUCU